AGGUGUGGAAAGCAGCCCGAGAGGCAGGCCGGCUGGGACAGGAGGCGGCGGCGUGUGGGCAGGCUGCUCCUCGGCACGACUCACCCUGAGGCCACGCCGAGGCGCCCCGCGCCCGGGAAAGCUCACCAUGCUGCUGUGGGUGCCCCAGGCGCUGCUGGCCUUGCUUCUACCCACGCUCCUGGCACAGGGAGAAGCCAGGCGCUGGAGGCCCCUCCAGGCCCAGAACGCCUCCAGGCCAGCUCUGCGGCGGCUGUCAGACUACCUCAUGGCCAACUACGAGAAGGGCGUGCGGCCCGUGCGGGACUGGAGGAAGCCCACCACCGUGGCCAUCGAUGUCAUUAUCUAUGCUAUCCUCAGCGUGGAUGAGAAGAACCAGGUUCUGACCACCUACAUCUGGUACCGGCAGUACUGGACUGACGAGUUUCUCCAGUGGAACCCCGAGGACUUUGACAACAUCACCAAGCUGUCCAUCCCCACCGAGAGCAUCUGGGUCCCGGACAUUCUCAUCAAUGAGUUUGUGGACGUGGGGAAGUCUCCAAGUAUCCCGUACGUGUACGUUGGGCACCACGGUGAGGUCCAGAACUACAAGCCCCUCCAGGUGAUGACGGCCUGUAGCCUCGACAUCUACAACUUCCCCUUCGACGUGCAGAACUGCUCCCUGACCUUCACCAGCUGGCUGCACACGAAUUUCAUCAUGCGCAUGAACAAGGGGAAAAAUCCAGACAAAACCAAAAAGGACUGA